AAAAGGGAGCGGGCGAGAGCGGGGAAAGGUGGAGAGAGGAGGAGUGUGGGGGGGCUGGGCUAGGUUCUCCCGCCCCCUCCCUCCCCACUGCUCCCCCCCCGGGGAGCUGCUGAACCCCCACCCCCUGCAGCUUGGCCCUGCUGGGCAGGUGGCUGCACCCGCCCGUUUGGCCCUGGUGGGUGCUGGCAGGGUGGGUGGGCGCUAGGCGAGUCCCCCCGCGGGGUGGGGAGCCGGAGCCAGGCUGCCCGCCCGUGCCACCCGGGCACCACGCUGCCCGCUGCUGCCAGGGCUGGGGAGGGACCCCGGGCUCUGCAGCGGCAGCUGCUGGUGUUGGGGGAGGGGGCUGGAGUGUGGCUCUUUGUUGCUGCUUGUGUGAAGGGGACCCUCCUCCUGGCUGAUGUCUGAGCUGCACCACUACCUCCUCCAUCUGCACUUCGAUGUGCCCGAGUCCUGCAGCCGUGUUCUGUUCUGUGACAAAGAGGCUGCAAAGCCAACUUAGCUGGCUCCAGCGAAAUACCUCUGGACAGUAGCUCUGGGUUCCCCUUCCUGCACAGUCCAUAGGUGUGGCUUGAAGGAUAGCUGGAAUGCUGUGUGCUCUGGUCACUCUGGGCUGCAGAGCAGCCCACUGAGAGCUGCCUUAUACUAUAGCAGAUUCAGCGCCAUCUAUGUUUUUAUGAAUCUUCAAUCAUUUGACUUGACAAAAUCAUUCAUUAGACAUCACAAUGCCUCAUGAAAGGUUUCCUGACAUCUUUAAUGGGGCAUGUGCAUUCUACUAAGUCGUUUCCAGCCCUGUUUGACUUUUUGGACUGAACAUUUUGCAAGUGGAAGCAGAGACUUCUGAGCUGGGAAGGCUUUUGGGUUGUUGUCUGGGUCUCAAGGCAGAGCCUGCUGGAGGCACUGGAAGUGGAUCGGUUCCUGGUCAUGCCCGGUGGAAGGAGGGGACCCAGUCGGCAGCAGCUAAGCCGUUCAGCUUUGCCUUCUCUCCAGACUUUGGUUGGCGGGAGCUGUGGCAACGGCACUGGUCUGAGAAACAGGAAUGGUAGUGCUAUCAGCCUCUCAGCUCCUCCCAUAACGGCCCUGAUCACCCCAGAGCCUGUGCGUCACUGCCGGAUCCCUGACCUGCCACUGGACGGGAGCCUUCUCUUUGAAUUCCUCUUCUUCGUCUACCUGCUAGUGGCGCUCUUUAUUCAGUACAUCAAUAUCUACAAGACUGUCUGGUGGUAUCCCUACAAUCACCCUGCCUCCUGCACCUCUCUGAAUUUUCACCUCAUUGAUUACCACCUGGCAGCGUUCAUCACGGUGAUGCUGGCACGGAGGCUGGUGUGGGCCCUCAUCUCCGAGGCCUCUCAGGUGGGCGCAACGUCAGUGAUUCACUACAUGGCACUGAUUAUGGCGCGCCUGGUGCUGCUCACGCUGUGCGGUUGGGUGCUCUGCUGGACUCUGGUCAAUCUCUUCCGCAGCCAUUCUGUGCUCAACCUCCUCUUCUUGGGCUACCCGUUCGGUGUCUACGUUCCCCUUUGCUGCUUCCACCAAGACAGCAGAGCGCAGCCCCUCCCAACGGACUGCAGCUACCUGGUGCAGGAUCAGAUGGUGGAUGACGGGACCUCGGGCAUAGGCAGCCUGGUCAAACCCAAAGACUUCCUAUCGCUCCUGCGGGAGUCCCUGAAAGAACAGUUCAAUAACCCUACGGCCAUCCCCACCCACAGUUGCCCCCUCUCCCCAGACCUCAUCCGCAAUGAGGUGGAGUGCCUGAAAGCGGACUUCAACCGCAGGAUCAAGGAGGUUCUCUUCAACUCCCUCUUCAGUGCCUACUAUGUGGCCUUCCUGCCGCUGUGCUUCGUGAAGAGCACCCAGUACUACGACAUGCGCUGGUCCUGUGAGCACCUCAUCAUGGUGUGGAUCAACGCCUUCGUUAUGCUCACUACGCAGCUGCUGCCCCCCAAGUACUGCGACCUGCUGCACAGAUCAGCCGCCCACCUGGGCAAGUGGCAGAAGCUAGAACACGGCUCAUACAGCAACGCCCCACAGCACAUCUGGUCAGAAAGUACGAUCUGGCCACAGGGCGUGCUGGUGCGGCACAGUCGAUGCCUGUACAAGGCAGUAGGGCCUUAUAAUGUAGCAGUGCCUUCAGACGUCUCCCACGCCCGCUUUUAUUUCCUCUUUCACCGUCCAUUACGGCUGCUCAACCUGCUUAUCCUCAUCGAAGGCAGCGUCGUCUGCUACCAGCUGUACUCCCUGCUGCGCUCGGAGAAGUGGAACCACACCCUCUCCAUGGCCCUCAUCCUCUUCUGCAAUUACUAUGUCUUAUUUAAGCUCCUUCGGGACCGGAUAGUAUUGGGCAGGGCCUACUCUUACCCCCUCAACAGCUAUGGACUCAAGGCACAUUAACCUGCCAGAUGCACCAAGGGGUGGGGGGGAAGGGGAGGGAAUCUCAGAAAACCUAUUUUCGUACAGUUCUAUUUUUUUCUUGCGCUGUUUAUAAAUAUUUAAGAUAUUUUAUAUUUUGUAUACUAUUGUUUUGUGGGGUGGGAAGGGGGCAAGUGGCAAUUAAAUGUCGCUUUAUAAACAAGGUGUUAUUUUAUAUAUAUCUAUAAAAUCAGUGUGUAUAUACCGUAUUAUCUAUAUCCAUACAUACAGUUAUGUGAAGCAACA